CGCGGCGGGGGAUUCCGUCUGACCCGGUGACCAGGAACGGAGGAGUGGGCUGGGUGGACCAAUGUUCAGAGUUAGGGUGGGGAGGCGCCGGGUGUGGAGAGAUGUAAGCUCAUGACCUUGGGCCAUUCGAUAAAUAUCUUGCUAUGGUUCGUUCAACUGUACAAACAAAUUGGCGGAUAGCCAAAGUGGCCAAAGUUGUUCCCAACGGGAACAUGCCAGGUCGCAUGCCACCGUUGUUUCAAACGAAACUUGAAAACAGUUUUGUUUGUGUUCUUUCAAAGUUGUUCCAGUGUUAAAUAUUCGGUGUUUCGAUCUUUAGAAACAUCACACCUAGAAUUUCUGACUGUCGAAGUUCGUCACCUGAAUUCCAUGUAUGGCGUUUUCGCUCAGGCCCAUGUGGCGGUAAGCACGAGCGAAUUAUUUCCCAAUCAAAUCUGAUUUAUCAUUCCCAUUCAAUCGAUGAUUUAUCUCGAGAGCGCUAUUUCAAUCUUAACGGAAGGGUCGAAAAUAAAUAGACGUCCACUGGCGAAUAGAAAUACGACUUGGACGCGGACAAAUUUCAAGCCGGCGGGGAGAGCGAUGCAUUGCUGGCAAUAGACACUUCUUUCUAAUUUACAGCGAUACGGAAUCAGUGAACUUUUCAAUUAUUUCUCUGUCUUUCCCGGAUUCUGAUGAAAUAGAUCCAGCAAUAUUACAUGUAUGUUAUCCGAAAUACCACACACUAUACUUUCUGAUACUAAGCGAGUUUUCAAACACUUUUUGGAAAAACGUUACUCUUCAAGAUGAAAUCCAAUGAAUGUUAGUAGGCCUCUGCCUACGAAGAAAAAUGUCCCCUAUCAAUAAAUAAUUCGCUCUUCAUUAAAUUCUGAAUGCAGAGUAGGCUGUUUUGAAGUAUUAACCUUUUCAUUUGUACACUGGUAUAUAAACAUUCUGUAAGAAACUAUGUAUUUUUUAGUCUAGUGAAAUGGAUGAAACAGAUAUAGAUGAUCAUGAAUCUGAACCUUCUGGUACUUCAGCUGUUCUCAAUUACUGCAAAAAGAAAAUCCUUCAGCCGUAUCUACAGCUUUUGUCAGCGAUGGGGCUGCGGCCUGUGCGACAAGAACUCUCAGGCCACUGUAGAAUCAGUUCUGUCUUAUAUUACAUCUAUUUUAUUUUUGUUUUAAUGUUAUUAAUUGCUGGCUACAUAUUACAAGGAAUGGCAUGUUUCAGACGAGAUCGAGGUUUUUGUUAUAAAGUUUCAUAUAAAGUUCCUGUAGACACUUGUCAAAACAUUUGCUAUGGAAAUGUGACCUUCAGUUAUGUUGUUCCUAGUGUUCUCCACUUUACAGCGUACUUGUAUGCAGUUUAUCUGUUCCGAAUAAUGGAAAAUGAACAACUGCAAAAUUUAAUGGAAAGGGCUUUCUUGAUGGCAUCAAAUAAUGCUGAUGGAACAGUGCAUCAGCGGCAUCUGAUGAAGAGGCUGUGGCUCUUCAUUUUGUUAAGCUUAUUAUGGAUUGCUCUCUCUGUAACCUCUCUCAGUGUGAUGAUGGCCAAAGAAAAGAUAAUCUUUGUUUGGUUUGAAGAAAGUAUAGCCCCAUUUGUUCAAGCAGCACGAUUAACAAGCAUUUGUAAAAUAUUUCGUCAGCUAGGCCAUGAAGUUCGAGGUCGGCCUUUUGUCUAUGUGGAUACUCCAGGUGACACUUUAGAUACCAUUCUUCUCUACACUUCAUCUUUGCGAAUGACAGCAAAGCUAUAUGAAAUACCAAUAUCUGGCCGAUGCAUCUGUCUAGGACUGACUGUGUGCACUGUUAUUCUUUUGACUUUAGGGCAAUCUCAUUUUUUCUGAAAUGAAAAAUGUGGAAAAAAUCAAUUUUUAUGGUUGUACAUCAUAGGCGUAACAAGGCCAAUGUUUUGGAGGAGGAGGGAUAAGCCAAAAAAUGUUAUUAAAUUGAAUUAAUAUAUUCUUGAAUUAUGUGAAAGAACUGUUUGAAAAUUUGUAUGAUAUUAUUAUUAUUUAUUACUUACUGUAUAAGUCACUAAUAAAGUGAUAGAAUAUUA